CAGAGAAUAGCUUGUGCCAGCCAAGUUUUUUUCUUUCUUAAUACAGAAUUUCUUUUUAGUUUUUUUUUUUUUGUUUGUUCUCCUGACCAGAUAAAUCCCGAAAACCAGACUGUUGUGGCAUCCAAAGCUCCUCUUCUUUCUUUUUCUUUUCUUUUCUUUUCCUCUCCAUAAAUCCACCACACAAUUCUCUGGAUUGAUUCUCUCCCAAUUUUGGAACCUAAAUAUGUAUUGGAACCUGAUUCUGAUUCAAUCCUCCUGAGCUCUGUCUGGGUUUUGUCUCAAAUGAAGGAUGCGCAUAAACCCAAUACAGAAAUCACGUCAACGUAGCAGAUGGAAACCAAUGAUAGCAUCGCAGCCAAGAAAACUUGUGAUGAUAUUUUCUGCUCACAAAAAACCAACUCAAUACACACACGUGAGAAAAAGAGUUCUCCUCAAUGAAGUUAUACUCUGGGAUGCUACUUGCUAAUUUUUUCUGCUCUACUCCUGUUGUAUAAAUUUUCUUUCAGGACCUAUCUAAUGGUGGAUUACUACAAAAUUUUGGAGGUCGAUUAUGAUGCAACUGAUGAGAAUAUCAGAUUGAAUUAUCUCAAACUUGCACUGAAGUGGCAUCCUGAUAAGCACAAGAGUGAUAGCGCCGUUACUGCAAAAUUUCAAGAGAUCAAUGAAGCCUACAGAGUGUUGAGUGAUCCAGAUAAACGGCUUGACUAUGAUUUUACCGGAAUUUAUGAGAUUGAUAAGUAUAGUUUACGGGAAUAUCUUUCUAGAUUUAAAGGAAUGAUUCUCACCUGCAAUGGACUGGGAAUUAGUCAUGCACCAAUGGGGACUCAACAACUGAAGGAAACCAAGGAGUUUGGGGAGGAAAAAUGAGGUAUGGACGUGCUUUUCGACUCAUUAUCGGUCCCUUGUCUGCAGAUGUGAACGUAAUACAUUUAUAUUUGGUAACAAGGAUAUUAUAUGAACAUGAGACAGGAAUAGAGAAGGAUGUGUACCAUAAAUCAUAAUCUCCUUGUAACUUUGUAUCACAUGCUAGUGGCCGAUUUAGAUCCUUGGCCUGGAUCAGUUGAGCCUCGUAUAAUAUUGCAAUAAAAUUAUUGUUUCGUAUGGAUUUGAUGAAAAUCCAACAUGUGA